UUCGACCGUGACGGACGUGUUUUGAUUUGGGUGCUUUCCAUUGUAUAUUUUUGAAAGUGUUGCCGACUUUGACUGUGCAUUGCGUCACACAGAUGCGUGUUUGCGGAUGAGCUCGUCUCGAUUGUUCGUCAUUUUGCACUUUUCGACGACUAGGGCUCUUAUGACGCGCGUUAUUGCGAUGUAACGACGCCGUAGACGCAGGCGCCCGGCAACCGGUCGAGCAACGCCAUUUUCGCGGGCAUUGCAUCACCCGUUCGUUUUCAUAUUUUUGUACGGUUUACUUUAAAGAUGUGAUCUAUAGCCGCAUCGACCUCCUAUUUCAUUGCUUGGAGGCUUGGAGGCGGGGGGGGGGAACCAUUAUUUAAGGAAGAAGAAGAGCUUUGCUUGUGUGUGCUACCAGUUGCGCCAGUCCGCCGACAGAUGGCGCUACCGUCGAGUGCUGCAAGCGGGUUGAAAAUCGCAUCACUGAUGCAGACUCUCAGAAGAUCAACAAAAAAGCCAUUACUAGAGUUUAACACAUGUCUUAUCAAAUUAGAAGAUGAAGCUGUUAAAAGAGGAUUAGAUGAUGAUAUUCUCAAUGAGCUCGUAGAUAUUAUUAUACAUAUGGAUUUAAGUGCAGUCAAACAGGUAUCACUGAUAAAAUGUCUCAUUCCAAGAUACAAAUUACCUGAGAAAAUAAUGAAGACUAUAAUCAAUUGGUAUUUUUCUUCAUUGAAUAAUUUGCCAUUUACCGUUACUAUAAUUGUUAUACAAUGGAUCAUAGGUAUAUGGGAAUAUGAAUUAGUAGAUAAAAAAGUAAUCAACAUCUAUUAUGACAUCUACUUUUAUAUUAUGCUCAAGAAAUUGAAACUGGGACGUUAUAUAGCACGUCUUAUUUAUGUAUUAACAAAACCAGAAGAUGUUUCACGCAAAGAUGUCACAAGAUUAUUAACACUUCAGAAAAGUUACUCUAACCCUCCAACACAUAUUAUUGCAUUACUUUUCUUAUUUAAAUCAUAUAAACCAGAAUUAGUGCCUGAGAAAAUAGCAGCAGUGAAUAUAGAAAGUGUGUGGAAACCUAUUCCUGAAGUCAUGCGAUUAGCAUUAGAAGAUGCCAGAGAUCGUGCAGAAAUUCAACAAUCUCAUCAAAACUUUCAACCAUUUUUUAAAUGGAAUGUGAUGCAGAAUUUAAAAAUUAAGAAAAGAAAAGAGAUGCUUCUACCAGCUAUUGGUUAUUUUCAUAUGGGUUCAAAUAUUUUUAAAGAUAAAGAUGCAAAGUCCAUUUUUGAUAUAAAUAGCAUAGAAGAGUUAGGAAAGUAUCAUCAGAAUAUUGAAUUGCCUUGCAAUGCUAUUUCGCUUUUGGUAAAUAUGGUUGGUCAUCAUCUUCUUACAUACGCAGACUUUCAGUAUCAAAGUAGAUUUUCGUAUAAUCUUUACAAUACGCUUACAAGAGCAUUUAUAUUCGAAAAUGGAAAGUUUUCUACGGAAGAAAUGGAUAUAUUUUUAACUACGACAGUUGAGUUUUCUCGAUACAUGCAGGAAGGAAUACUUGUGGUCAAGUUGUUUUUUGAUGAAUAUUUAUAUUAUAAUUCAGGAGAGCAUUUGCUAAGGUUACUAGAUUUGCUGCAAUGGAUGACUUCUAUAUCGGUGACUGAGUUACGAGAAAACAUUCUAAUACAUAUACAAAAUAUAUUUUACGAAUCAAAUUUAAAUAUGAAAUGUGAAAUAAUUAGAUCUGUACAGAAACUAAUUACGAACUUGUUUGUAAGACAAGGGCUUGAAGAACAGAAUCAAUAUGCAUCAUCCUUUUUGCAACAAGAUCGAUUAGAAGAUUUAGUAGAGAUUGUACUUGCGAUUACAACCAUAUUAGAAAAUCUUAUUGUUUGUGGAUUGAACAUACAUAAUUACGAUGUUAUAUUGUUAUCAGAAUGUUUAGCAUUUUAUGAAGAGAUUUGUACAUUAGAAAGUCGUAGUUAUGUAUUAUCUUGGACAUUGCCACCACCAGCAGUCAUCUAUGGAGGAUUUAUUACGAAGAGUUGUGCUAUCUUGUCAAGAAUUUGUAAAUUACUAUUGAGAUAUUGUAAAAUGAGUCCACAUAUGCGCCAGAUUAUGCCAUUAAAUAUAUAUGCAGAAAGAAUUCGUAUUAUAUCUAUUUAUGCAAAUGAUAUUCAUAAAUCAUUAUGGUAUGAUGAGCCUUUUAGUGAAAAUGGUAACCUUCUAAAAAAUUUUUCAAAAAAAUUACGCAGCGAUUUAAGAGAUUGUGAUUUGGAGACUUUAUUGAAUAUUAGCAAUCAUUAUGCUAUAUUACCCUUCAAAUGCACACUAAAUAUAAGUAAAACAAGCUUAAAAAUAAAUACAAAAGAGGCUGCUAAGACUAUGGCUUCUUGUUAUUUUCCGGCAGUAGAUGAAUUCCUCUCAGUAUUUGAUGAAUAACUAUCUCAAAUUUUAG